GGGGGGCGUAUCCCGCGGCGCGGGGCGGUGACGCGCGGCUCCGCUCCUGCCCCGUACCCUUGAGCCGGCGGUAGAAGAUGGCGGCGGCACCGGCUCUCGCCCAUCGCAUCGCCCGCUCAGGUGUGCUGCCGCUGUGCCGCCGGCUGCCGGCGUGGGGCAGAACCAUCCGGCAGCCCCCCAGCCCCUCGCUUGCCCCGUGUCGUGCCUUCAGCAACAACAAGAUCCAGGUGGAGAUGAACGAGAGCUCAGGCGUUGCCACAAUGAAGUUCAAGAGCCCCCCAGUCAAUAGCCUCAGCCUGGACUUCCUCACCGAGUUCUGUAUAAGCCUGGAGAAGCUAGAGAAUGACCGGGCCUGCCGUGGCGUCAUCAUAACAUCCGCCAUCCCCAAAAUCUUCUCAUCUGGGCUGGACAUCACUGAGAUGUUUGGGAAGAGCACGGAGCACUACGCCGAGUUCUGGAGAGCUGUGCAGGAGAUUUGGCUCCGGUUGUACAGCUCCAACAUGGUGACACUUGCUGUAAUCAAUGGGUCCAGCCCGGCAGGAGGCUGUCUCAUUGCCUUGUCAUGUGACUACAGGAUCAUGGCAGAGAACCCCAAAUACACCAUCGGCCUGAACGAAGCCCAGCUGGGCAUCGUGGCUCCCUUCUGGUUUAAGGACACGUUUGUGAACGUUGUGGGACAGCGAGUUGCUGAGCGCUCCCUCCAGCUGGGUUCCCUGUACCCUGCACCUGAGGCCCUCAAGUUUGGCAUUGUGGAUGAGCUGGUGCCAGAGGAAAAGCUCCAGGAGAAGGCUGCAGCUGUUAUGGCCCAGUGGUUGGCCCUUCCUGACCAUGCCCGUCAGAUCACCAAGUCCAUGAUGAGGAAGACAGUGUUGGACCGCCUGGUAGCUCACCGGGAGGAAGACAUUAAGAACUUCAUCAGCUUUGUCUCAAAAGAGUCCAUCCAGAAGUCACUUCGCACGUACAUGGAGAUGCUGAAGAAGAAGAGCUGAGGAGCCAGCCACCCAGGCCCGGUCUUAGGAGCUUGAAACGCUGCAGCAGCUAUAGACUUUCACAGUGAAGUUGUCUGCAGUGUCAGCAGUUGGUGAUGUGCUGCCUGCUCCCAUGGCCACUCCAGCCACCCCUUUAGUCCCCAUAGAGUGCCUGACACCACUGCUGCCUUUCCUGAGAGCGGUCUGCUCAGCUGCCUGAGGAACAGACAGGGAGAGGGUCAUGACACCGCUGUGGCCUGAGCCCUCUGGUCCUUGGAUGUCCUCCCUCCUAUCCAACAGUUAAUCAUGAAAAGAGAUUUGUCAAUAAAGUCUUCAAUGAGGUA